GCGGCGGCAGAGUGUGGCAAGGGGCGAAGAGAAUUGACUGAGGAUGGACACAGAAAGAAGAGCCGGGGGGAGUGGCAGUGGGAAUGGGAAUGGGAAUGGGAAUAAUGAGAACGGGAACGGUGGGAAUGGGAAUGGGAAUAAUGAGAACGGGAACGGUGGGAAUGGGAAUGGGAAUAGAGAUGGGAAUAAUGAGAACGGGAACGGUGGGAAUGGGAAUGGGAAUAGGAAUGGGAAUGGGAAUGGGAAUGGGAAUGGGGAUGGCGAUGGAGAUGGGGAUGGGGACGGGGAUGGGGAUGGGGAUGGGGAUUUGGAAUGGGAAUGGGAGUGGGAACUGAAUGGCACUGCCAUUGGCAUGAACAGAAUGGGAAUGGGAGUGGGAAUCGGAAUGGGAAUGGGCCGCAAUAGUGGAAGAGGAAUGGGAAGAAUGCGAAUAAUGGGUAUGGGAAUGGGAAUGGGAAUGGGAAUGGGAAUAAUGAGAACGGGCUAUUCCCAUUCGCAUGGCAGUGAGAGAAGAGCGGAAAUGGGAAUGGGAAUGGGAAUGGGAAUGGGAAUGGCAAUGGGAAUGGAAAAGGCUAUCCCAUCGGAACGAAUGGACGGUGAAGAUGCGUUCGUCGGGUCGCUGGCGUCUGAGCGUUGGAUGGGGUGGGAGCGCAGCCGCAGCAGCGAAGAGGAGCUGGCAUGCCAUCGGCUUCCGCCAUCGCUGAGGCACGGAGCGAGAAGGAGAAGGAAGACGAAGAUGCUCGCACGACGAGUCAUCAGGACGGUGAGCUCGGAGAAGAAAGGUCGAGCAGCUGUUACGGGCCGAGUGGGAGUGGAAAUGGGAGUGGGAGUGGAAAUGGGAGUGGGAGUGGGAGUGGGAGUAGGAGUGGGAGUGAGAGAGGGAGUGGGAGGAGGAGAAGGACGAGAGUUGGUGCCGACAACAAAAACCUCAUCGCCAUAGCCAGAGCUUGAUGAUGUGGAAUUGAGACUUAGCCUCGCAGUGCCGAGGAUGACGUCCCUCCUCCUACUAUUAUGACCACCUACUCCUACUCCAUCUCCUCCCCUUACGCCGCCUCCUCCCACUUCUUCCCAAUGGCGUCCUCCUAUUGGUGCAGGUGCGGCCAUUCGCGAUACAAGAGGGACGCUGCGAGUGCCUCCCUCCUCGAAGCCAAAAAGAACAGGACACAAGUGCGGAAAAUCUACGAAAACGAAUAACAACCGGAAGACAGAAGACAGAAGGAAGAAGGAAGAAGGAAGAAGACAGAAGGAAGAACGCCCUCCUCGCAGCCAACGAGAGAACAACAAAGAAGACGAAGUAGAAAACAGAAGAAAGCGCGGGGCCUCCUCACAGCCAACGCCAAACCGACAUCAAGAAGAAGAAGAAGAAGAAGAAAGCAAGAAGAAGAAUGCAAGCAGAAGAGGAAGAAGUAGAAAGGAGGACCCUUCUCUCAGUCAAACAGAAGACGAGAAAAAAAAAAAACAAAGCCGAAUGACAAGC